AUGUAUGUAUGCCAUUCUGCAUAUUAUCUAUCUAUCUAUCUAUCUAUCUAUCUAUCUAUCUAUCUAUCUAUCUAUCUAUCUAUGUCAUUCUCUUCAUUAUUUCUCUUUGUACGUAUCUAUGUAUCAAUCUAUUUUUCUAUCUCACUCUCUUCAUUGUCUAUCUAUAAAUCUAUAUUUCUAUUUCUAUCAUCUAUUCAUGUCAUUAUUCAUCUCUAUCAAUCUCAUUCAUCUAUCUAUCUAUCUAUCUAUUAUCUAUCAUUCAUCUAUCUAUAUCUAUGUCACUAUCUAUCUAUCUAUCUAUCUAUCUAUCUAUCUAUCCAUCAUCUAUCUAUCUAUCUAAUGUAUCAUUGUCUAUCUUUAAAUCUAUAUUUUCUAUCUAUCUAUCUUUCUUUCUUUCUCACCAUCUUCAUUCAUCAUUAUCUAUUAUCUAUCUAUCUAUCUAUGUCACUAUCUUAUUCAUUAUCUAUCUAUCUAUCUAUCUAUCUAUCUAUCUAUCUAUCUAUCUAUCUAUAUCAUCCCAUUCUUCAUUGUCUAUCUUUAAAUCUAUAUUUUCCAUCUUCAUUUCUAUCCAUUUCAUUUCCUUUUAUCUAUCUUCUAUUUCUAUUUCUCACAUCCAUCAUUAUCUAUCUAUCUAUCUAUCUAUCUAUCUAUCUAUCUAUCUAUCUAUCUAUCUAUCUAUCUCUUUUCUUUCUUCAUUCUCACCACAUUAGCUAUCUAUCUAUCUAUCUAUCUAUCUAUCUAUCUCAUCUAUCAUUAUCUAUCUAUCUAUCUAUCUAUCUAUCUAUCUAUCUAUGUCACUCUCUUCAUUAUCUAUCUAUCUAUCUAUCUAUCUAUCUAUCUAUCUCUAUCUAUCUAUCUAUCUAUCUAUCUAUCUAUCUAUCUAUCUAUCGAUUUCGUAUUGCGAUAAACGUUAUUUUUAGUGGGUAUGUUUCAAAGUAA